GGGGGCGCCGGGCGCUCGGCCUGGCUCCUCCCCCCGCCCACGGGGCGCGCGCGCACCCUCCGCGCCUCCUGCGCUGCCGCCCGGGCCGGCCCGGUGCCGCCGUGGCGUCGUCCUCACAGCCGGCGCCCAGAGCCGAGUUCCGCGCGCGGAGCGCCGACGGGUCUUCGGGGACGCUGCGGGUGGCCGGGCUUCUGCGCGGCCAGAGCCCCGGGCGCCGCCGGCCCGGCACGCCCCGGCCUGGGCAGCGCGUCCCGGCCCGAGUUCCGCGCCCCGCGGGAGGCCCGGCCCGGCCCGGCCCGGCCCGCCCGGCCCGACCCGGAGCGCAGCGCGGGCGGCGGGCGGGCGGGCGGCGCGAACAUGGCGACGGUGCCGGUGUACUGCGUCUGCCGGCUGCCCUACGACGUUACCCGCUUCAUGAUCGAGUGCGACGCCUGCAAGGACUGGUUCCACGGCAGCUGUGUUGGAGUAGAAGAGGAGGAGGCCCCAGACAUCGACAUAUACCACUGCCCAAACUGCGAGAAAACCCAUGGGAAGUCUACUUUGAAGAAGAAGCGGACCUGGCACAAACACAGCCUGGGGCAGACGCCUGACGUGAAACCCGUGCAGAACGGCAGCCAGCUCUUCAUCAAGGAGUUACGGAGUCGGACCUUUCCCAGUGCGGAAGAUGUCGUGGCCCGCGUGCCAGGCAGCCAGCUCACACUGGGCUACAUGGAGGAGCAUGGCUUCACGGAGCCCAUUCUUGUCCCCAAGAAAGACGGGCUGGGCCUGGCAGUCCCGGCCCCCACCUUCUAUGUCAGCGAUGUCGAGAACUACGUGGGCCCAGAGCGGAGCGUGGACGUGACAGAUGUCACCAAGCAGAAGGACUGCAAGAUGAAACUGAAGGAGUUUGUGGACUAUUACUACAGCACCAGCCGCAGGCGGGUCCUCAGCCUCACCAGCCUGGAGUUCUCAGACACCAGAAUGUCCAGCUUCGUGGAGCCGCCUGAUAUUGUGAAGAAACUGUCCUGGGUAGAGAACUACUGGCCCGAUGACGCGUUGCUGGCCAAGCCCAAGGUGACUAAGUACUGCCUGAUCUGUGUGAAGGACAGCUACACCGACUUCCACAUCGACUCCGGGGGCGCCUCUGCUUGGUACCACGUGCUCAAGGGGGAGAAGAUCUUCUAUCUCAUCAAGCCGGCUUCGGCCAACAUCUCCCUGUAUGAGCGCUGGCAGUCGGCCUCAAACCACAGUGAGAUGUUCUUUGCCGACCAGGUAGACAAAUGCUACAAGUGCACCCUCAAGCAGGGCCAGACGCUCUUCAUCCCCUCUGGCUGGAUUUAUGCCACACUCACGCCCGUGGACUGCCUGGCCUUCGCGGGACAUUUCCUCCACAGCCUGAGUGUGGAGAUGCAGAUGAGAGCAUAUGAAGUGGAAAGAAGGUUGAAACUGGGCAGCCUGACUCAGUUUCCCAACUUUGAAACUGCCUGCUGGUACAUGGGAAAGCACCUGCUGGAGGCUUUCAAAGGUUCUCACAAAUCCGGGAAGCAGCUGCCCCCUCAUUUAGUUCAGGGAGCUAAAAUUCUCAAUGGUGCUUUCAGAUCAUGGACUAAAAAGCAGGCUUUGGCAGAGCAUGAAGAUGAACUCCCAGAGCACUUCAAACCCUCGCAGCUCAUCAAAGACCUUGCCAAAGAGAUCCGGCUCAGCGAGAAUGCCUCCAAGGCUGCCAGACCAGAAGUGACUUCUGCGAUCUCCUCGAAUGAGGUCUAUUUUGGGGACCGAGAGAAGGAGGAACCUCCAUCCCCCAUUGAGGCCAGCCCUCCUCGGUCCUUCCUGGAGAAAGUGUCCAAAAAAAAGACUCCCAAAACCAUGAAAAUACCCAAGCCAUCCAAAGUCCCCAAGCCCCCCAAAUCUCCCAAGCCCCCGAAGCCCCCCAAAUCACUGAAGCUCAAGGAUGGGGGCAAGAAGAAAGGGAAGAAGUGUAGGGGGUCAUCCUCGCCCACCAUCCCCAACCUGGACCUGUUGGAGGCCCACACCAAGGAGGCACUGACCAAGAUUGAGCCGCCUAAGAAGGGCAAGGCCACAAAGAGCGUCCUGAACGUGCCCAACAAGGAGGUAAUCAGCACACAGAAUGACGUGGAGAGGCUGGAAAUCCGAGAGCAAACUAAGAGCAAGUCAGAGGCCAAGUGGAAGUACAAGAACAGCAAACCCGACUCCCUGCUGAAGAUGGAGGAAGAGCAGAAGUUGGAGAAGCCUCCUACAUCAGGGAAUAAGGACACCAAAUUCUCAUUUUCCUUCUCCAACAAGAAACUUCUGGGCUCCAAGGCCCUCAAGCCGCAGCCGAGCCCAGGGGUGUUUGGGGCCUUGCAGAACUUCAAGGAGGACAAGCCCCAGCCCGUUCGGGAUGAGUAUGAGUACGUGUCGGAUGACGGGGAGCUCAAGAUUGAUGAGUUUCCCAUCAGGAGGAAGAAAAAUGCCCCGAAGAGAGACCUGUCCUUCUUACUGGACAGGAAGGAGCCACUGCCCACACCUGUUACGAAGCCAAAGCUGGACUCGGCGCUCUACAAGCCGAGCGACGACUCCUCGGAUGAGGGCUCCCUGCGAAUCGACACGGACACCAAGCCCACCCGCAACGCCAAAGUGAAGAAGGACGGCGGGGGCUCGGCCGCGGGCAUCCUGGACCUGCUGCAGGCCAGUGAGGAGGUGGGCGCGCUUGACUACAAUCCCAACAGCCAGCCCCCAGCCUCCCCCAGCACACAGGAAGCCAUUCAGGGAAUGCUAUCCAUGGCCAACCUGCAGGCCUCGGACUCCUGCCUACAGACCGCGUGGGGCGCGGGCCAGGCCAAGGGCAGCUCGCUGGCGGCCCACGGCGCCCGGAAGAACGGGGCGGGCGGCAAGAGCGCAGGCAAGCGGCUGCUGAAGAGGGCGGCCAAGCACAGCGUGGACCUGGACGAGUAUGAGGAGCAGGACCACCUGGACGCCUGCUUCAAGGACUCGGACUAUGUGUACCCCUCCCUGGAGUCUGACGAGGACAGCCCCGUCUUCAAAUCCCGGUCCAAGAAGAGGAAAGCCUCCGACGACGCCCCCUACAGCCCGACAGCGCGGGUUGGCCCAUCGGUGCCGAGGCAGGACAGGCCUGUUCGAGAGGGGACCAGAGUGGCCUCCAUCGAGACCGGGCUGGCGGCCGCUGCAGCCAAGCUGUCCCAGCAGGAGGAGCAGAAAAGCAGGAAGAAAAAGAACUCCAAGAGGAAGCUGACGCCCACCACCACCUCCACCUCCACCUCCGCCUCCGCCUCCACCACCUCGGCCAGCAGCACCUCGGCCUCCACCACCUCGGCCUCCACCACCCCAGCCUCUGCCACCCCUGCCUCCACCAGCACGGCCUCCACCAGCACCGCCAGCAGCCAGGCCUCGCAGGAGGGCAGCUCGCCCGAGAUCCCGCCUGAGGCGCACAGCAGCAGCCUGGCCGACCAUGAGUACACCGUGGCCGGCACCUUCAGCGGGGCCCAGGCAAGCCGUGCCUCUCAGCCCAUGGCGCCCGGGGUCUUCCUCACACAGAGGCGGCCCUCCGCGUCGUCCCCCAACAACACCGCCGCCAAAGGAAAACGUACAAAAAAGGGCAUGGCCACCGCCAAGCAGAGGCUUGGGAAAAUUUUGAAAAUUCAUCGGAAUGGAAAACUGCUCCUUUAAAGUUUGGAGAGCCAGGAUCCUUCUGCUCCGCUCAGGACCCCGGAGCCCCGCUACAUCAUCAGCCCCCAGGAGGGUGGCCUCGCCGCCGCGCCCCGGGAGGCCUGGCUUCCUCCAGCCUCUACUCCCCACACCUGAGCAAGCGCCUGCUGCUUCGGCAGGCGGAGCUCACCAAUACGGACAGAUGUCCCUUUUCACGUUGCUUAGAGUGACCAGUUCCCGAAACUCGGCCCCGCCAGUCUGAGGACCAUUCCGGUUUCAGGACCGCCUCUAGGCACCCCGAGCGCGGCGGUGGUGGCAGAGCCCUGCAGCUCUGCUGGGAGCAUGAGUCCUUCGAGGAAGGAGGAGUGAGCCAACAUUCACAGGCCCAGAGUCUGAGCCAGCCACAGGCUGGUAGCCUCCAGAGGCUUAAAAAAAGGCAAAGAACACGAGAGAGGAAGAGGAGGAGAAAGCAGGGUGUUUAUGUGCCCCCCAUCUCUUCCCAAGUGAUUCUCCGACACGUCCAGAGAGCGUUCAUUCUGGCUCCAGGAGAGGGGGGCCUCCAGGCUCCCUGGCCGGCACGUGGCAGGCCAGAUGGUGGGUGUCGCCCCUGAAUGCCCAGGGCAUUUCUAGGAACGACUGGGCCGGCAGCAGGGUCAGCGUAUUAGUGGGUAGGGGAGCCACCGUGGGAUCCCCAGCCCUGAUGCGGGCCCAGGGGCCCAGGCAAAGCCGCGUGGUGGGUCCUGUCCAGUCCCACUGGCCACACUCCCAAAAGCACUUGCCAGCCAAGGCACCCUGCCCGGGCCUGGCGGGGCGGAUGGCGGCCGGGCGGCCCGAAGAUGCGGGGGGCCUGGCACUUCUGUCUUGUCACCUGUCACUUGGUGUCGAGUGCAUGGGUGGCUCCUGGACCGCGAGUCCACCCAUGGACACGAGGGGCUGGAUUUGUUUCUCAGGCAAUCCUGUAUUUUAAUUUUAGAUGUAUUUCCUGAAGCAUAUUUUUCAUAGAAUGUAGCGUGUAAAUAGCUUUUUAAAUAACUUCUUUUUUAUAAGAGUAAAAGUAUCUUUAGGAAUUUCUUUGUAGAGUCCUUCAUUAACAUUUAUACGAGUUUUUUGCUGAGUCUGAUGAACAGUUGGGUUUCCAAUGCUUUUUCUUUUCCUUCCUUUUUUUAUUGCUAUGGUUAUUUUUUUAUUUUAUUUUAGGGACUAAGGUAUUGCCUGAAAAACAAGUGAUGUCUGUGCAGCCUUAUAUCUGUCUUUACAGAAGCAAACAGUACACAAAAGAUCUAUUUCAGAUAUGUUUGAAGAUGAGUCUUCAACUUGAAUACCAGCUUUCUUUCCUUCCUGUUGAUGAAGGGGUGGGGACAGUUAUUUUACUAGCACCUUGUGAAGUGUUCUGUGUUUUGUGAUGCUGUAAUUUAUUAAUGUUUGUAGCUUUUUAUAUUUGUAUAUUUCUUAUGAGCUUUGUUUAUAUGCCCAUCCCUGGGUGUUCUGUCCGCACGGAGCGGCGGCUUCGUGCAGGCCUUGGCCCCUGGCUCGCCUGUCGGAGACGUGGCCGCCGAGCCCCGGGGUGGGCCAGGCCACGCUCCUGGACCCGACUCCUCCAGCCCAGCGUUUUGAAGGUUUCCUUGCCUGUUAUUGUUGAACAUUUAUAUAAUCUAACCCGGCCAUCAAACUGUUCUCUCUCUCUCUCUUAUUUUUUAAUUUUAUUAUUAUUUUGGCAACAUGUACAUUUCUAACAAAGUUUAUCGUGGCUAUUAAAGUGUUUUAUUUCCCAAUUCAUAUUACUCUUGUAUUGAGUCCAUGAGGUCUAAGGCAACUUAAAUCAAAGUUUUAAAAGAGUAAAGAUAUUUCAGGUUUUGUACAGAA